AUGCCGCAAGAACCGAAGAUUAUCAAGGUCGAAGAGCUUCCUGCCAGUGAAGCGAAGUGGAUCGAGUUUCAGAAGAUCUCAUGGCAAGAUCAGACGGGUAAAGAUCGCGUCUGGGAAGCCGCGGCACGCAAAACUCGGGGCAAGGCAGGCGUCGACGCCGUAGCCAUCACCACAAUCAUCCGCCACCCCUCGCGCCCGCCCUCCACCAUUAUCAUCCUACAGUAUCGCCCACCUGUCAAUGCCGUCUGCGUCGAGCUUCCUGCCGGUCUAGUCGACGAGAAGGAGUCUCCUAGCGAGGCUAGCGUACGAGAGCUACAUGAAGAGACUGGAUACAAGGGGAAGUUGGCCUUCAUCAGCCCAACUAUAGUCGCAGACCCUGGUCUGAGCACGGCGAACAUGCAGCUGGCCAUGGUGGAGAUCAACUUGAAGGAAGGCGACAAGGAGCCAGAGCAAGUACUGGAUGAUGGUGAAUUCAUCGAGAGGGUCGUAGUGCCGAUAGACGAGCUGUACGAUCGCCUGGUCAAGUACGAUCAGGAGGGCAAGACGGUCGAUGCACGGCUCUGGCAUUGGGCCGCAGGAUGGCAUGCUGCCAAGACUAUGUUGUGA